AGCAAAGCUUGGGUUCUCUUGGUAGUGUAAAAUGUUUUAGGACCAAUACACAGAAUACAGACAGAGAUGUGGAGACGAGUCCACGAGGCGAGACGAGUCCACGAGGCGAGACACUCCGAGACGAGGCGGGCGUGCGUGCCGAUACGUCCGAACCGAGACGAGACGUGCGCGUUUUCUCAAACCCAGACUCGUGAUCGUCUCGUAUAGAUUAACGAGACGUGGCGAGUUAUAACUCGUCUCGCGGCGUACCAGUAUUCAACGAGUUAAAAAGCGAGUCGAGACGAGUCGAGCCGUUCAAACUCGUUCGUUUGGCCACCUCUAUCUACAACUACAUUUAUUAAAUUACUCUCACACACCUCCCCCGCCCGGGCCCCACCUCCCUUCCCUCCACUCAAAAUGGAUACCCUCCUCUUCCACCACCACACCAACCGCCCCUGCUCCGCCGCAUCCAAGCGCCCCUUCUCCGCCACCGCCUCCCCCCCGCCGGAUCCCAUGGCCUCGGAUCCGACCCGUUUAGAUUCUCUCCUCGAAUCUUUCUUGUCUCUCUCUGAUAAGACUACUACUUGUUUACUUGAUCGUGCUUUUGAUAAUUUGAUCGAAUCUUGUGAGUGUGAUCACAGUGUUAUGAUUGAGCGGGCUCUGCGGUUAGGCUCCGUGUUGCUUGAAGCUGGGAAGCGAUCUGCUCGGAAGCGUGAUUAUCUCCACAACGCCGUCGUUUGGCCCCUACCUCCUGAUCUUACUAUUAAGGUAUUCUCGAUGCUGGACACUCAAAGUGUAUGUUUUGCAGCGGCGGCUUGUUCCUUUUUCCACAAGUGUGCCUCGGAUCCACUGUGCUAUGCCAGUAUUGACUUGAUGACAGUAAUCCCGAAAGUCAAUAAUCUGGUAGUGUCCACAAUGAUCCAACGAGCUGGAAAAGCGCUGCGGUCUAUAAAGCUUGGUUUGAUGCCUGGUACAACUGCAUUUUUUGGUUCUUCUCAGCCGUGUAUCUAUGGUAUGAGGAAUUCUACCGACGUAUCUGGUUUCUCAUGGAAUGAUAAAAGAUCAAGACAAGGGAAGGAAUCGUGUAUUCUUUCACGGUCGUGCCUAAGUUCCUUAAGCUCAGACAAUGGCGCUCCAGGGGCUCUGUUAAGAAGGUUGCAUCUUAAUAAUAUUGAACGAGUGGAUAAUACAGCACUUUCUGCAGCAUUAUCAGUCUGUCCAUCUCUCCUCGAUCUGGAAAUUGUUGGCCUUCAUGUCGAAUUGAGGCAAACAUUGGAGUCAGUUAGCAAAUAUUGCCAUCUGAUAGAACGUCUGUUUUUUGAAUCUUCCAAGACAGGUAGAGAUGACAGUUUGAAAUUGAACCCAACCUGCAGUGAUUUUGUGCAAAAUUGCCCUAACCUCAACUGUUUAGCACUCCGUGGGUUCAAGCUGCAAGACUUUAAAGUAUUGGCACUUAUCAAGGGUUUCCGUAAGCUGAAACACCUUGACUUCUCCACAUCCUACUCAAUAUCGGGUGCUUUUUUGAAGAAGCUUAUCGGGGGUGCAGGUGGGAACCUGCUGGAAGUUCUAAUUCUACGGGAUUGUAUGCAUCUCAGAAAGGCAGAAGUUGAGAGGUUUAUUUCUGCAAUUAUUGCAGGAGAAUUCAAGUUUCUUAGACAUCUUGAUGUGUCCAACCGGGAAGGUCUAGCAUCCGAAGAAGACUGGUGCAGCAGGUGUUACGACCCAAGCUUCAUACCUGCAAAGCAAUUAUAUGGAGAAAGGCCUAACUUCUGCCUACAGGCCGAGUUUCCAGUUGAAGGAAGUUUUAUUGAAUUUGGACAAAUGAUUGGCAGUGAUGAUGUGAAUGUACCAUCACAGCUGAGCUGUCAUAUGUCUGAUGGAUCAUGCUUCGUGAAUGCAUCUGAUAGCUGUUACAAUAGUGACCUGGGAAGUGGCAAUGAAGAUAGCCAUGACACCAGUUUCAUUAUAUAUGAGGAGAGUUCAGAUGAGGCAGAUUUUCUGUCAGUCUAAGUCUCUGAGGUCCUCACUCCACUAUCCUGCGCUGGAGGAUUGCUGUCUUCAUCCUGAUCGCAAGGAGCUCAUGAAAGUCUGACAGCCACUUGAUGAAUAAAGUCUAGUUAUGGGCCUCCAUGCUUUUCUUGGAUUGUGGGAUGAUAUAUGUCUCCAAUCUGUUUUCUAUCCCAUAUAGAUCAAAUUUUAAAAUUAUAAGUGGAGGCGAUUUCUGUUAAGUAUUUUCUGAGCACAAAAGGACGGCAGUUGCUGCAUAUAUAUCCAGUUUUUUAUAAGCAGUUAGAUUAUACAUUUGCCUGUUCAAUUUGUUACGAACAAGCACUGUAUAAGUCUGUUUUCCUAGUGAUUCAUCAGCAUCUCUCCUUCCUGAUGCUUUUGGGUUCGGAGUUGUUGGUUUAGGGAGAAAAAGAGAAUGUCUAGUUUUGGCUCGAGCUUAUAAAUUUAGAAUCAUGUAUCAUUACAUUCCAAUUUGAGUAUUGAUUCUUGCUUUGCAA